CCAAAAUACUGCUCGACCAAAUCUGGGAUCGGAAAAAAGCUUUCUAGAGAGAGAAGCACGACGGCAUUGUUCUUCUCCGAUCAAUCUUUGAUUUCAUGUAGUUGUAAAUUCGAUUUGCUCUCGUUUUCUUUUGUGAUUGCGACUUCGUUGAGUGAAUUGGUCGAUCUGAGAUUCGAUCGAUUGAUCCGGUAAUUUGAAUCGUAAAAGCGUGUAUAUUUCAAAUUGAGAAGAGCUGGAGUCCUCACAGGAGAAUUCUCAUCAGUCUUUGAAGCCUCCUUCAGCAGCCGCAGCCGGAAACGGCCAGAUCCGGUAUCGAUCUCCUUCGGCCGCUGAGCUCCUUGAAGGCCAGGUCUUUUCCACGCCACCGUUGGCGGAUCAACUUGACAAAAUGCUCAAACGCAACCGUCAACCGCAGUACAAUGAGUCCCUCUCCGACAAAGUUCAUCGCUACCGCGGGGCCAUUUUGGUCAUUUCGAUACCUCUCCUCCUCAUCUCUUUCGUUUUGUUUCUGAUGCCUGCUGCGCGCACUCCCAGUGAUGGUGUUUUGCCUGCAAACCGCAAGUUUUCGCCAAAUUACGUGCUACAAACGGAUCCGUCAUCGACUAGAUAUGCCGUGAUUUUUGAUGCUGGCAGUUCGGGGAGUAGAGUUCAUGUCUUCUGUUUUGAUAAGAAUUUGGAUCUUGUACACAUUGGCAAAGAACUUGAGCUUUUUGAGCAGCUGAAACCAGGUCUGAGUGCAUUUGCAAGUGACCCUAAAGCAGCUGCAGAUUCCCUUCAGCCUCUUUUACAGAAAGCAGAAGUUGCUGUUCCAGCAAAUAAGCGCCAAAAUACACCAGUCAAAGUUGGGGCAACUGCAGGUCUAAGACAGUUGGGAGUUGAUGCAUCUGAAAGAAUUUUACAAUCUGUGAAAGAUUUUCUAAAAGUUAAGAGCAACCUAAAGUCCAGUGAUGAUUGGGUAACUGUUCUUGAUGGAACUCAAGAAGGUGCUUAUCAAUGGGUGACUAUAAAUUAUCUAUUAAAAAGAUUAGGUCAGAAAUAUUCACACACUGUUGGGGUGGUUGAUCUUGGUGGUGGAUCAGUACAAAUGGCAUAUGCUAUUUCAGAGGCAGAUGCUGCAAAGGCUCCAAGAAUAUCAAAUGGAGAGGAUAAAUAUGUAAAAGAAAUGUUUCUCAUGGGAACCAAAUAUUACCUUUAUGUUCACAGUUACUUGAAGUAUGGAUUAUUAGCUGCUCGAGCUGAGAUUCUUGGAGUGAAUAAAGAUUCUGAGAAUCCAUGUAUCUUGGCUGGAUAUAAUGGUGUUUACUCAUACGCGGGAAUCGAUUACAAGGUUUCAUCACCUUCAUCUGGUUCAAACAUGAACAAAUGCAGGGAAGAAGCAUUAAAAGCACUUAAAAGCAAUGACUCGACUUGCACUCACAUGAAAUGCACUUUUAAUGGUGUAUGGAAUGGUGGUGGUGGUGAUGGUCAAAAAAACCUUUUUGUGGCUUCUUUCUUUUUUGAUCGUGCUGCUGAGGCUGGUUUUGUGGAUGCAAGUAAACCGGUUGCCAAAGUAAGACCAGCUGACUUUGAGGAUGCGGCUAAGAGGGCAUGUGAAACAACAAUCGAGGAUGGGAAAUCUACAUAUCCUCAUGUGGAACCAUCUAAUUUACCCUAUUUAUGCAUGGAUCUUGUGUAUCAGUAUACCCUACUUGUGAAUGGAUUUGAUUUGGAUCCAUGGCAAGAGAUUACACUGGUGAAAAAGGUUGAGUACCAAAAUUCAUUGGUGGAAGCUGCUUGGCCUUUAGGGAGUGCAAUUGAAGCUGUGUCGGCAGUUGCCUGAUAACUGGAAAUUGGAAAUUACAUUAUUGGUUUUGGUUGUAUAUGUGGAUUCAUCAACCGGAGGCUCCUUCCUACAAAAUAUUCUUUUAGUUAUCACUAGUCAUUUUAUUAUUUGACUUUGGAAAUCAAAU